AUGACCUCAACACACGCAAGAACCAUAGCCCACCCACCAAGCUCCCUCCCCCCUCUCCCCACCGCAACAAAAUCCAAAUCCAAAUCCAAAUCCAACCACAGACGCAACAAAAGCAGCACCAGCAGCACCAACUCCACCACCAGCAAUGCCAGCAACAACGGUAACAGCAGCAGCAGAUGCUGGGACUGGAUCCUCGUGCCCGGAAACAUGCACUACGCCAAAAACCGCUCUUCGUUCCGCACAUACCGCCGCGCGCCGGGGAAAAUCAACAAGAACCGCGUGUUAGGCGUGGGGACGGUGGAGCUGAAAGUGCGGCGAGCGCCGGACGACGACCGCCCGAAUACGCUGGUGCUUGAGGAUGUGCUGCAUUUGCCGAAUGCGGUGUGUAAUGGGCUUUGUGUGGGGAGGUAUCGCGAGCGGAAUCCCGGGGAUGAUAUGGAGGUUGCGGGUGGGGAGGGGUGUCGGUGUCAGGUUUGGAGGGAGGGGGAUGGUCAUAGUAGUCAUGAAGAGGAGGAUGGACAUGGACAUGGGGAGGCGCUGUGGUAUGGGGAGGAGUAUCAUGGGUGCUCGAGGGUGGUGCUUUGGGGGGAUCCGCAGGGGAGUUCGGGGCUUGAGGAUGCGGAUGCGGUGGAGUUGCCUGGGGUUGAUGCUUCGGCGGAGGAGUUGGAUACGUUGCAUACGCGAGUGAUGGAUCGGAGCCUGGUUUAG